AUGGCGCUGAAUCCAUUUCCACCCGUCAAGCCGAACGAAUGGUCCAUGCGGUGUUUCGGUGGGACUGCCAAAGCUGUGCCGGUGAUUGGGAAAAUCCCACAGGUGGGCGGCUUCACCGUGAAGGGGAGAACGACCGUUGAAAAGGAGCGGUUCAAAUCCCCCUGCAAAACAAUCCAGUUCGACGGGGGCCCCAGCUCGCUGUUUGUCGCAACGGUCUUCACGGCGGAGAAUAGCCCGACCUCACUCAGACAGGGGACGACCUCAACCCGAGGCGAGCCCUGGGUGACUUAUUCUAUAUCCGUCCGACAGGAAUCAAGCGCACCCAGAGUGGAAGACCAGAGACCGAAGAGAGAUUCCCUCUUUGACGAAGAGCUGCCCCCGGAGGAUGCCCUGCCCGUCCAGAGACGAAAACAAUCGGGACAGACCAGCACCAACACGUUCAACGUCAGCCAAAAAGAGCAAAACGAAAUCAAGGCAGAACUGUACGAACAGAUGACCGGUCGAAAGAUCGCACUCCCUCGGCCCGGCAACGCUCAGGCUCAAGCGAUUUUUGACAGAGAGGUGGACAACGCUGUGCAGGAACAAGGAGGCGUCGGCUUUCUUCCGACCGAAAGCAGCUCGGCCAACCCUGGACCUUCACAACCCGCCCCGCGACCACACGGCCAGAUUUUUGACGAACCGGAAGAGCGACCACAGGGCGGGCGACCACACGGCCAGUUUUUUGACGAACCGGAAGAGCGACCGCGGGGCGGGCGACCACACGGCCAGUUUUUUGACGAACCGGAAGCAGAGGAGGCACAAGAAGGAGAAGAAGAAGAGCAACCACCCAGUAGACGGUCUUCUGUUUUUCCACCUGCAGGGACAUUAAGAGCCCGAGCGCCUAAGCCACGAUCACCUCGUCUAUCCUCCGGGCCACCUGCCUUGCCCUAG